CGGCCAGUAGAGGUCGCUAUUCGGGAUAUUCCGGCAGGUAAUGUGCUGUCCUUUUCCGCUUCCUGUGCUCAGCUGAGUUGUGUGUUGUGCGGCAGCAGCAUGACUCCGGAGCACGAGCUGGAGAGUGAAAAUGAUGAGGCGCCUGAGGAGGUCACUUUCCAGAAUGCUAGAAGCCAGGCGGAGGAGAACGCUCGCACGAGGAGGGAGGUGGCCGGCAGAGAGAAGGCCCUCCUAAAAGAGAAGAGGAAACGCAAACAGGAGCUUUUCAGUGAGCAAAAGAAAAAAAAGCUGCUUUCAGAUGACCUCCUUCAAACAAUCGCUGCACUUCCAGAGAAGCCAGAUGAAUCCUCUGAACCUACUGAUGAGACAAAGGGAAAAGAGAAGGAACACGGUGGCAAAACUAAACAUGCUAAGAAGUUGCGUCCUAGAAAAAGUAUCCAAAACAACUAUAAGGUUAUGCACCUGAACGAUCAAAAUGUAAUAGAUUUACAGCAGCAAAAAGCAAAACAGUUCCUCCAGAGCACAUUGUAUGGAAAAAACAAAAACAGGACAACAGCAAAUGAAUUUCUUUCCAUAUCAAGAAAAAAGGGAGAAAAAAAAAUGCCAGCAGUUACGUUUAUGGACAAUUCCUGGGGAGAAGAGGAGAAACGGAAGGCAACAAAGUUCAACCUUCAGUGGAGGAAUAGAAAGAAACUCUGAAUUUGCCAUAAACAAGACUCUGUAAAUGUUGCACAGUGCAUGUUUUCCUGGCCUUCACUGAAAAUCUAUAAUGAUUAACUGUUAGUUUCUGGGUAUGUGCGAAGCCCUUGUGUGUGUUUUUUUUUUUUUUUUUUUUCAAACCUUACGUUGUACCACUUAAUUUGUGUAUGGGUUGGCAGCUGGGGAAAUGGCUUCAUGUAACUGGAGCUAUGACCAGAUGGGAAAUAAACAGAUCAGGACAGCAACACCAUUUUGUCUAUUCGCGUCUUGAAAAAGUCGGAACCAUCCAGUGGAUUAAGUGUAACUAAACAGUUCUGCUUCUCACAAAAAUUCUGUACACUUUAACAGCAUUCAAACGUCUUAAGGAUAAAUUCACCUUUUGGAACAUGUCGCAUGUUCCAGCAGCUGCAGCCUUUUCCACUCUCCGUCUCUUCCUGUGAUAGUGAGCGGAAGAUCUUCUCCCCACACUCAAUGUCCCUAUUUUAAAAUAAUGCAGCUGCGCUGAGCUCCGCCCACACAGCCACAUCAUUCAUUCAGUUUCCUGUGAAGGCAUGUACUAAAACUACCGUCAUCCAUUGCGGCUAGUGCCUUGUAGUUCUAAAUGGACUGUGAGGUCCCUGAUCGGUGGCCUUGUAGUUCAUUAACGGUCAUCCAGUAUGAAGGUACAGGCUGAUGGCUGCGUGGCUUGUCAACAGGAGUUUGGCAUUACACCCCUAAUCCCCUGAUUGCAGGUGCAAUGCUUUUCAAGCUCCUUAGGGGGGG